UUAAUAUAGUCAGGUACCAAAUUCAAAUAAACUGCAUUCAAAAUAUACUAGUCAUUAUUUGCAAAUUGAUAAAAAUUUAAUGCGCAUGACACGGAAAUGAAGGUCAAUGCGCAUAGUCAAAACAUUGCGCAUUUCGGGGCCAGCUAACCUCCCUUCAGCAGAGUUGAUCGACCAGCCUCAAAGCUGUCAGUGCAAGCAAGAAAUUUAAUUUGCUUCGUGCUAUAUUUUGGUGCCUAGUGCAGUGUUCAGUGGCUUCGGUCGCUUUUUGUUUAAUUUGGGUGCUAAUAUAAAAUAAAUAUUACAGAAUGCCAGCCGCAGCGCCACCCGCCGAAAAUGGCGCGCCUCGCAGCGAACUCGAGCAGCUACAGAUGCGUGCCGGACAGGUUACUGAUGAGUCAUUGGAGUCGACGAGGCGUAUGAUGCAACUAUGCGAGGAGAGCAAGGAGGCCGGCAUUCGUACUCUGGUCGCUCUAGAUGACCAGGGAGAACAAUUGGACAGAAUCGAGGAGGGAAUGGACCAGAUUAACGCUGAUAUGCGUGAAGCUGAAAAGAAUCUAUCAGGAAUGGAAAAAUGCUGUGGAAUCUGUGUACUUCCAUGCAACAAGAGCGCAUCUUUCAAAGAGGACGAUGGUACGUGGAAGGGUAACGAUGAUGGCAAAGUGGUGAACAACCAGCCACAGAGGGUGAUGGAUGAGCGCAAUGGUAUAGGGCCACAAGCUGGUUACAUAGGCAGAAUAACAAAUGACGCACGCGAAGAUGAAAUGGAGGAGAACAUGGGCCAGGUGAACACUAUGAUCGGUAACCUGCGCAAUAUGGCGCUCGACAUGGGCUCCGAACUAGAGAACCAGAACCGCCAGAUCGACCGCAUCAACCGCAAGGGCGAAUCGAAUGAAACGAGGAUAACGCUGGCGAACCAGCGCGCGCAUGAGCUGCUCAAGUAAACGGCGGCGGCAAUCACACCUCCACACCACACACACAAGGUCUCGUGGUCUAAACUACCACCGGUUGCGGACACCUUUUUAGCUGAACUUUGUAAAUGAGGACAUAAAUUGACAGCUUAAUCUCGCGCGAAUCUAAUAAUUUCGCUUACAUAUUUACGCGCUUUUGAGCCAUUCAACAUCUUAUAUUGAUUCUACAGAUCAACUAUUAUUGUCUAUAGAUCUUAUUGUACAGCGUUAUGUUGAUUACCUACAUACUUGUGAUUCUUAAAUUAUCUUCUAAAUUAUUUUUGACUGAUAAAUUAUUAUUUUUGUGGUUCUGCAACCGGCGCCGUGUAUACUCUUCAGUAUUUCGAUUAUUAUAAUAUUUCUCUUCAAUAUUUUGUCUCCUAUCUUGAGAAACAACUACAUUUAUCCAAAUGUAACUUUUAAGAUAUUGAUGUAUUCCUACUUAUUAAGCAUGUUACUGUAUUAAGUGAACACUUGCCGACCUCCGAUAGUGAUAUCUCUUGGAAUUUCCAUUAAAUUUAAACCACUCAGAUAAAGUGCUGUGUAAAAUAUAAUUGCUACUGUAUAAAUAUUUGAUUUGUAAGCAAUAUAGAUUUUAUUUCGUUUUUUUGGAGUCCUUUUGGUUGUAGUGAAAAAAUAAUUCAAAUGCAGCGAAUAUUUCGUAGGAUAUUUUCCUACGACAUAUCAAAACAAUUCUAUAGUACGAAAUGGUUUAAUACAAGGUGGUGUUCAUUUUAUGCAGUAAGACAUGUGAAAUUUACAAAAUGUCUACAUACCUAUUUAAAAUUGCACCAUUUAUGUUUACGUUAUAUCCAGUAUACCUUUUUAUUAGAAACUUAGGGAGUUGAAGUGAUGAAAUCAGUUAUUUUGAGAAAGUGCAUUUACCCCGUUGUUAUCUUAGUAGUGUUACCUGUUAUUCCUAGGGAUCCGAUAUUGCUAUUUAGCACGCAUCAUAAGAUUGCGAUAUUUCGAACUUGUUACCAAGAUUUUAAAGCUAUAAAAAACUAAAUUGUUUAAGUAUUAUAAAUAAAAUCAAUGAAGUUUUGUAGUUUAAAUAACUAAAAGUUAUAUGAAGGAGCUAAUCCUAAGAUUUUUUUUCCUUGAAAACCCUUUUUUUAUUUCACCAUAUGAGACUUACUUUCAGUUAAGUUUUAUUUUGCUAGAAGAAGCAUAAAUGGUUUUGGGUGGACUGUAAGAGAUGAGUUGACAUGUGAUAAUAGUUCGAAAUUAAGUGACUAGUGUUUAGCCAUUCAAGUCUUCGUCUAAUUUAUUUAUCUGAAUGCAUCAGAUCUCAUUUAUUCUAUUAUAAUUAUUUCAGUACUUUUCUCAUAGGAGCAUUUAUGUAUUCAAAAUAUUAUUGAAUAUAAAAUAGGAUGUACUAAUAUACAUAUGAUUUAUUGCUAAAUUGCAUUACUAAUAGUGACUUAUAUUAUUAUAACGAUGUUAAACUAUCAUAAUUCAUCAUUCAACAAAUUUUAUUCGAUAAAAUAAAGAACAGUAUGCACAUAUCCUAAAUAUGACAAACAUAUCUGCUUCUAUGGAUAAGUAUGAAAAAUUUGCUGACUUAUCUGUAACUAGUAAUAAAUGUAUUUAGAAAUAAAUAUAAUGUACUGCAUUAAUUAUUGUUAGAUUUUUAUUUAUUUAUUUAAAGUAUAAAAUAAAUCAUUUCAUUUAUAAACAUUUAGUUAUUUAUUUUCCUUUCUUAUUAUUUUUAUUUUGUUUUAGAUAGACACACUUUUAACGUAUUAAAGUGAUUUCUUCUAAUAUUAAUACACCAAAAUAAUGUAAAAUGAGACAGCAAUCUGUAUUGGUCUGAUUAGUUUAGUUUUUACACUAUUUUGAAAUAAGUAAUAUUUCAAGUCAUCCCUAAGGAUUGGUGGAAGUUAGGAUUAAAGUUAAGAAUACACUAUACUUUAAGUAAUAAACAAUGAGAAACAUAAUUUUACUAAACAUGUAUUACGUACUAAUUAUACCUAUUACUCAUGUAAAAAACGCUGUAAAUUCACGCUAGCGAAUAUAUCAAAAUAUUAACUUUGGAUUGGCAAGCCAUGAUUCAAAUGGAAACUAAACGAUAUUUUGUGAGUAAAUGGCAUCUGACAAUCUUGUCAGAUAUUUAAUAAUUUGUUAAUUCAUAUUUUAUAAACAUAUGCGAUAGCGUCUGCUGCGUGAGGCCUCAGUCAAACCAUUGCGCACUAAUGGUUAGUAAAAGAUAGUCGUUAAUUUCUAUCGUUGAGUGCGAUAGAUAGGUGUGUGACUGAGACAGAGUAUGCGUCACUCAACAGACGAUCUAAAAUAAAUAAUCAGUAGAGUAUUAUAUCGUUUUUUGUGUAGGUAUAAAUAAGCUCCUAAAAAUAACAUAGUAAUUUGUAACAACCACGAGGCCCAUACACCUUACACACAGACACACAAUACGACGCUGACAACCGGAGAAAGCAACGAGACGCGUAUUGCGGUCGCGAACCAGCGAGCGAACAAACUCCUCAAAUCUUAAAAUUUCUUCAGAUAUUAUCUUCAUAUUUUAUUGCGCUGUUCUGUUGUCUGUUUUCUGUGAAUAUUUUUGACGAGAGGGAAACUGUUCACGAUAAAAAAAUGUUUGAGAAUGUCACAAACUUUUCACAUAAUAUUUAGUUAAGCGAAUGUAAUAAAAUCACAUUAUUAAAUGCAAUCUCUAAUUCACAAGUUAUGUAAUAAGAGUUAAAGGUGUUAUAUGGCUGGAAAGGAUGAAUGAAAGGAUUGAGUAUAUUCAGCAAGGUGCAAGGUGGAAUGCACUGUGUGCUUUCUGUAUGAACACCUGCUUUGGAUUGCAAUUUCUAUUGAAAUUUUCUCUCUCGUCAAGCAAACAGGCAACGAAUUUAUUAGUGCUUGCAAUGUCUAUAUUUUUCUGUGUGUAAUAAAUACAUUUUUAAAAUGCUAACCAAUUAAUAGUGAUGAGUUCAUUCGACUAAUUUUCAAGUUUUAUUACAUUUUAAAAUGCAUAGUAGUUCAAUUGAAUCUAAAUAUAAAUGUUUUAAAGACAUAAGGCAAUAAAUAUCAACAUGUAACUUGGGUCGACCAAGUCUAUGAAUUACAUAUGUAUAAGAAAUGAUUAUAAUGACGUUAAAAUGUUAAACUUGAGCAUUACAUACAUAAUGUAUAAUAAUAGGUCAAGCAGAAAAAGCAAUUUGUUUGUGUCUUAUGUAACUGAUUCCUGCCUGAAGCUUCUUAGCUUCAAUAUUUAAACAAGGAAUACUACACAGUCCUUCUAAUUUGAAGUAUAUACCUAUGUUCCCGACAAAUAGUAAAAUCGGUUAGUAGAUUAUAUUACUAUUAAACCGAUUGUCAGAAUUUAAACGGGUUUGGUUAAGACUUAGUCAAACAACAAAAAAGAGACAGAUAUAUGUUUCUUUUUAAUUUUAUGACGAGUUUAGAUUAAAUAAAUUGCAAAGUUUGUAAAAUGAGAGUGACAGAUUAAUAGGUACAUCACUAACAAAAUAUUUUUUUAUUUUUAUUAAAAUGCUCCUCGAUUAUUUUGCUGGCAGAUUUUAUAUAGUUAUUGUCCUUGUUAUGUCCAAGGAUCAUGCAUCGUUUGUAUAUUUAAAAUUAGAAAUGCAAAUAUAAAGUGGACUGUAUUAAAGUAACCUGGAGAAGUAAUAUGUCGCAAGCAUUGAGUAUCUAGAAAUUCUGAAUUUUAGUUCAGCAAUGUGCCAAAACUCAUGAUGAAGCAGUUUGAUUUAUGUUGUGUUACAUAAAAUCUAGUUUCAUAAAAGUACCUAAUUUACUAGUAAUUACUUAUUUGUAAUUUUUCAUACACUCCACUUUUGAUGCACAUUAAAUACUAUAGCUUUUUUAUAACGUUAUUUUGCACUUAAAUAUAAGAAUAAGGUAUGGGUAUCGAAAGAAAGUAGGUACAGAUAGAUUGUUACAAAAUCUUUCACGCUCAAAUUGCCGUUUCAUUGUACCAUUCGAUGGUACAUUCACUUGUGUAUCAUAUUUCUUAAGAAACCCUUAUUCGCCAUUUACGAAGUUAGAUGAAGAUUCCUUAUAAAGAUCUUCGAAUUGAAAAAUUAGUGAGAUUACAUAUUAACUUUUUUUAAUAAAUUCAAUGUAUAGAAUGUUUAAAGCUGGAACGUUAUGAACAUAGAUUUCGUUUUAGAAUAAGAUAAAGGUGCCUGGAUUCUAUGUUGACUGUUUAUUUAAAUGUGUGUUGCAUUUAUUACUAAUAAGUUUCAGAUAUUAUAGGUAGCUCAUCGUUUUUCAAUUUUAAAAUACCUAGAUAUAAAGCGAUGGUCACACGGAAUGUGAAGUGAGCCAUUCGGGUUUCGUGUCACAAGGCCCAGUAGAUUGCGAUGUGAUCAAAAAACAUGCAAUAGUUGAAUAUAUAAAUAAUUUAUUACUUAAAGUGUAUUGUUGUAAGUACGAAUAAAAUGUACCGGCCUUUAGGAGUAAUGGAGUAGAAGUGUUAUACGACAGCGGCUUGACAAAUCAUACUUAUUAUACUCGUGUACCAGCUAGUAUUAAGAUUUUCGAAAAUUUCUCUAUGUCUUUUCUCUCGUAUUAGUUUCUAAGAGAUCACAUUAUGUGCCCACGGGGCUAUAUGUCUAAGUACAAGUUGUCUUGUCUUGUAACUUAUAGAAAUUGUUUUGUAAAGCUAAUCGAGUUAUCAAUUAUCCAAUAGAUGUAAAUUUACCGCCUGCGUAUGUAUCAGUUUUAUUCAGCCUAAAAAUAUAACUAAAUAUUUAGGAUAAAAUGAUUACCUAUCUAUUUUAUUUAAGAAUAGAUUAUUAUUAUAUCUACGUAACGUAUAGUAUAAAAUGUUAAUUUCAAAUUACAUUAUUAAUUUGUUAAAUUACA